AUGUGCGAUGAAAAGUUCUACCUUAUCCACAUGUUCCAACGGCACCAGUUACGUCACACGGGCGAACGUCCGUACAAGUGCGACAUCUGUGGGAAAACAUAUGUAAUGGCGCACCAUUAUAGGACGCAUUUGAUAUUGCAUACUGACGAGUUCAAGUGCGUUGAAUGCGACAAACGCUUCGAUUCCCAAUACGGACUCGAUAGGCAUCGAAGGGCGCAGCAUACAGACGAACGACCGCACAAGUGCGAAAUAUGCGGAAAAUCUUUCCUACUGGCGAGUUACCUGGAACGACACGUUACCACCCAUACUGGCGAGCAACGUUUCAGUUGCGACAUCUGUGGUAAACGAUUUACCGCAAAAUACAAUCUGGACGGCCACGUGAGAACUCAUACGGGCGAACGUCCGUUCAAGUGUGACAUAUGUGGCAAAGCAUUCGGUAGACUCAGUGCCUGCCAGUUACACCGUGCAGCUCAUACUAAGAAUCGUUCGUUCAAAUGCGACAGCUGUGGUAAAAAAUUCGCCGUCAGUGCGCAGCUCAAACGGCACAUGGUAUCACACAGUAGUACACGUCCACAUAAUUGUGACAUAUGCGGUAAGGGAUUCUUGUACCAUAAUCACCUGCUCGAUCAUUAUAACCGUCACUACGGCGUACAGCCGUACGAGUGCGAACUCUGUGGAUCGAAAUAUGGUUCGAGGCUCGGUUUGAAGAACCACCGGAUGAAGCAUACCAACCCGACGACUGAUGAUCCGUUCAAGUGUAAAGUUUGUGGAUUGUUCUUCGCUACGAAGAGCGCUUUCACUCAGCAUAAAAAAGUCCACUCCUAA